AUCAAUGACAUUCACUGGAUACUUGUGAAAACUUGCAGUCUAUUCUUAAAAUAAGAGUAAAAUCAUUGACAAUGUCUCAUUUGUUUGUCUUGGUGCUUUUGAUUUUUGGUACUUCUGUGAAUGGACAAUUUCAGCGAAUGUUUCAGCAGAAUAUUGUUGACCAGCCGCCAGAUACUGGGAAGAUCCUCAUCCAAUCAGAACUCAAGAUAGAGACCCUGGAAAUGCCAGAGGACUGUGCAAAGAAAGCCAUUUCCGGUGACACGCUCGUGUUCGAUUAUGAGGGCUUAAUAAACGGGAUUCAUAUAGAAGACUCCCACAAUACAGGAGAGAAGGGGGCCACUGACAAAGAACCACUGGUGGUACCCACAGGGAAGGGGGCUGUUAUACCGGGACUAGAGGCUGGGGUAUUAGGAAUGUGUAUCGGAGAAAAGAGGAAACUCAUUAUUCCUCCUCAUCUGGCUUUUGGAGAAAAGGGAGUCACUGACGUCAUUCCUGAGAAUGCCGAGAUAACCUUCAUUGUGACCCUGCUGGAGAUCGUUCCUAAGAGUUGGGGGGAGUGGUACGUGGAUAUCGUCUGGUCGGCCUGCUACCUCGCCUUUGUGGGGGGAAUUAUCGUCCUUAUGGGGCAGGGCAUCCAGGAAAAGAGGAAAGCGCUGAGGAGGGAGCAAAAGAAGGCGCAGUACUACAGCCGAUAGGUCACGUGACUUACAAGGGCCUGUCGUUGUGCAAAAUUUCAUGCAGAUCUCAUGAAACAUUCAUAAUCAUAGGAUCUAUUUAAAAAUAUUUUAACUUAAACACUAUUCUUUUAAAACUGUAGGCGAAACGUCACGUCAGUACCGUGUAUAGCGUACAAGAGCUUUAUAAGUACGCGCAUUCAGAUCUUGGAUUUACUACUGUUGUUAUAUCAGAAAAUGAUGAUGGUUGUUAAUUUUGCACAUAUUUUGAUAUAAAAUACUCUCCAAGUCCUUUUUACAUCGUCAAGUGUAUUAAGAUAUAUUAACGAUGUCAUUUUACUUAAUGAAAUGUAUUUAUUUAUUUAUUAUAUUUUCAAUUACCCAUCUAAAAGUGACUAUUUUACAUGUAGAUGGUUAAUAAUGCAAUCUGAAUUGCAAGUUAAAUAAUGAACUCCCAAGUUGAUAUUUAUGAUUGUUUUUUUAUUUUUGAUUUGAAUAUGUGUGAUAAAGUAAGAAAGUGUAAUACUACAUUACAAUUUUAUCAAGAAAUGUUUAUGGUUUGUUCUUGUGGCUGAGUGGAUACACAUUUUUGAAAAGGGGCAACCAGACAAAAAUUAUCUUUGACUACCUAGUUGGUCCAAACUGUUUGGGGGUGGGGUAGACCAUCCCUGCUACUAUGUGCCUGUGUCACAUUAUUAAAAUAAAACUUUCAUUGUGUCACUGUUCUGAAAAAUGUCAGUUUCAUCUUAAUGUAAAUUA